AUGGAUUACUCGUACUUGAAUCAAGCGGCUGCGGCUGCGGCCGCCGGCUUCGAGGCUUCUAGCUGUGCUCUGGCUGCCAGUGAGAUGCAAUGCGGCUACGGGGACCUGAGCUCCUGCUCGCAGAUGAGCCAGGCUGCCUACCGGUACACCGCCGCGCGGGCGGCCGGCUAUCCGGGCAACACGGGGACCGCUGGUACCGGAACCGCAGCGCCACUAGGGGCCCAUCACACCAGCCACUCGCACGCUCACGCGCACCACGGGGCCCACGCCACGCCGUGCUCCGUGAUGUCCGCCAGGUCGCAGGAGGUCCAUCGCCACGCGAUCUUCCCCUCCGCCAUCAACCUGCAGAGUGGAUUAGGGUACAAGGCGUAUUCCGGACACGACGGUCUAGCGGAGAAGAGGAAACAGCGUCGGAUACGGACGACGUUCACCUCGGCUCAGCUGAAAGAGUUGGAGCGUGCCUUCCAGGAGACUCAUUACCCGGAUAUUUACACCAGGGAAGAAAUCGCUAUGAAAAUCGACUUGACGGAAGCCAGGGUGCAAGUGUGGUUCCAGAACCGGCGCGCGAAGUUCCGGAAGCAGGAGAGACUGGCCCAGCAGAAGUCUACGUCGCAGAGCGGGAUGGGCGUGGACAGCGGCGCGUCCAGCCCUGUUGCCAGCAACGUAAAAGCGGAAGGACGUUCGCCGAGGAGUCCGGCAACACCGCCGGGCGGAUCGAACAGCGUGCUGUCCGCGAACGAGGUGAAGCCGAUCACGAACCCGAACCUGAUCAGCGUGAAGCACGCGACGGACGGGCCAGCGGACGGUGGAUCGCCGAACACACGAGGGGGCGGGGCCGGGGGCGGAGCGUGGGGAUCCUGCAGCCCUAGGCCCUUUUCGGCCGCAUUGCCGCCCUAUCUGUUGGACCCGCUGCCCCUGAAGACCGCGAACCUCUACUAA